UAUUUAUUUGGGUUUCACUUUUUGGUUCAUUGGUGACUGCGCUGUAAACCCUAGGGUUUAUGUUGUUGCAUACAAUUGGGGAUUUUCUAAGAGCUGAAUCAAAGGAAAAAGUAGUAAAGGUGAGCAGCAAUGGCGGAUUCCUCAGAGGGUGAGGAGGAAGGGAAACUAACAGGAGGAAGCCAGCAGUUAGUUGUAGAUGAUGACCUCCGGGAGAUGGGUAAAAAAGCAGCUUGGAGUGUCAGCUCAUAUAAACCUGGCAAUGGAGUUCUUUCACUUCGCGGUGACAACCUUGAUACCUAUUGGCAAUCAGAUGGUGCACAGCCUCAUCUUGUUAAUGUUCAAUUUCAGAAAAAAGUUAAGCUUCAAUUAGUCGUCCUGUAUGUUGAUUUCAAGCUUGACGAAAGCUAUACACCUGGCAAAAUCUCUAUCCGAGCAGGCGAUGGCUUUCACAACUUGAAGGAGAUAAAAGCAGUGGAACUUGUGAAACCAACUGGAUGGAUGCAUAUAUCUUUAUCUGGUAAUGAUCCUCGUGAAACUUUUGUCAACACUUUCAUGCUGCAAAUAGCUGUGCUCUCAAAUCAUCUUAAUGGAAGGGACACUCAUAUCCGCCAGAUUAAAGUCUACGGGCCAAGACCGAACCCUAUCCCUCUUCAGCCAUUUCAGUUCACUUCUACAGAGUUUAUUACUUAUUCUGCUGUGAGAUGAAGCUCAAGGGACUAUCUCAAGAGGAAAGAUGCCAACAAUAUAUAUUGAUAUCAAAAUGCAAACUGGAGGUACAAACCUGAGAUCCUGCCCCUUCGAUGACUCGAGUAAUAGGAGAAUGGAAGUUAGAUCCUGCAAUGGUAGAACCUCGUGAACCAGGCUUACUGCUUGACUACUUGCUUUUCUCUUCUCUAUGAUAUUGAUAAGUCGUAGGCCCAUUCGAUGUCUAUGGUUGGUUUGUGGUAUGCUAAAAUAUUCCUGUUUACAAUCCUAUUUGGCUUCAUACAAACCCCGUCACUAACAGCCACGUAGGGUCUUGUAUUAAUUUGUAUUUUCUCCCAUUUCUCUGUUAUCUAUCGGUGAUACCUGCAACUGUUUUGUGGGUAGAGACCAAAUUGCGUAUUUCUAGUUUAAGUUUCAAUAUUUUUAGUCAAAUUGUUUAUGAAUCAAAGUUGAAACAAAGGACCAAAACUGAAACUACCCCUACAGAGUACUAAAUAGUUACACCUUGUUUGAAUGGUUUUCCA